AUGGGCCAGUACUGGAAACUUGUUGAUAUCGACAGACGGGAGAAACUCCUCACCAAUGAUGCAAUUGAACUGUUGGAAAUACUAAGGAGCGGGUCGUUGAAGCAACUCGUCGAGCUCAUACGGAAUCCGAAAUGGCGCCCUUUCAGAACGUCGACGAAUCAUCUCUAUGCUUUCAAAUUGAACAGCGCCAGGUCUUCACUUCUCAGACUUCCUCAGGAAGUCAUCGACAUGAUAGUCUGCAAUCUUUCCAGAGACUCAUCCGAAAGCGUCAUAUAUCUUUCACUGACCUGUGCCUAUUUCUUCCGACUACUUGGCCCGGCCGUCCAAAGUAUCUUGGCCAGGGACACCGCGCCCUGGGCAGGCGACCGCCUGAUAUUCGUUGGUGAGUUUGCGGAUGGCCUCGACAUUGGAGGCAUCUGCACGAGUGACGAGCUCGGUGAAUUUGACAAGAAAAAGAUGGAAUACAUCAACGAUCCGUUUUACUACAUGACUGGACACAGGAUCACGUGCGCAAUGAACCAGCACAUCAAGACACCACCGCCGUCCCACGGGCUCCUCCCUAGCCCUGAUUUGCGCCGCGCCGGGGCUUUGGAGCAGCGCGUCACAGGAAAGCUCACGCUUGACGACUUGCAGCUAUUCUUCCGACUCGCUGCCAUCGCGAGGGCCCCACAGCUCAGCGCCGGCGGCCAGAAGUACGCCCCAGUCCUUCGGAACCUCACUGCCAGGAAAUACGUCCGGCACGAUACCAUAGCCGAGUCAGACUACGCGUACAGUCUGGGCGAGGUCGUCGCCGUCUUCACACAACGGACCAAAGUUCCUUCGGGCACGGACGGCCUGGGCUGCAUUGGCGAAUGGGCCGGCCACCGUUUCGACGUUGCGACCGUUUCGGACGUUGCGGAGGAGGACUGGGCUGACGCCAGCCAAUUGGCAAUCGAGAAAUUGAGGAAGGGCACUAAGAGGAGAGUAAAGAGAAGUUUGGCGAACAAGCUUUAUUGGACGGGUCAGAUCUAA